UUCGUUCGCUGCUGCUGGUUCUGUGGUUUGUGGUGUGUCAUUCAUUCACGGGUAGUAUUAAUUUUUUCCAUCAAAGUGCGGAAGUACGCUUGGAGUCUGAACCCGCGUGUGAUACCGGACCUGCUGGAAAAAAUAGACCGCAUUGCCUACAAGUUGUCGGGAUACGAAAUUAGUGCCGGAAAAAUCUCAGGUCGCGCUGUGCCCCUGUCCCGUGUGGACGCUAUUGUUUACCGCGUGUGUGUUGCAGAAAUUUUUUGCCACAAGAAAACGGACUAGCAAGCUGUGGUAAAGUGUCCGAUCAAAAUGGAUAACGCAAAAAUAUGUGAGUUGCUGCGGGCCACAAUUGAACCAACCCAGCGGCUGCAAGCGGAGGAACAGCUAAACCAGGUACACAAAAUAAUCGGCUUCCUGCCGAGUUUGCUGCAAGUGAUUAUGCAAAACGAUGUAGAAAGUCCCGUUCGUCAGGCUGGCGCAAUCUAUCUGAAAAAUUUAAUCACGAGCAGCUGGCAGGAUCGAGAGGCCGAAGCCGGCAAUCCGAUCCCGUUUUCCAUUCAUGAGCAGGACCGUGCCAUGAUCCGAGACACGAUCGUAGAGGCCAUUGUUCAUGCGCCGGACAUCAUCCGAGUACAGCUGUGUGUCUGUAUCAAUAAUAUAAUCAAAAACGACUUUCCCGGUCGAUGGACGCAAGUAGUAGACAAAAUUAGCAUCUACCUGCAAAAUCGAGAUGUUAAUGGAUGGAACGGAGCUCUGCAAUGCAUGUAUCAGCUAGUUAAAAAUUACGAAUACAAAAAAUCCGUAGAGAGAGGCCCACUAACCGAGGCGAUGAAUUUACUAUUGCCUCAGAUGUACAAUCUGAUGCUUAAUGUAAUUAAUGAUCCAUCCGAACAGAGCGUACUUAUGCAGAAACAAAUAUUGAAAAUUUAUUACGCUUUAACGCAAUAUGCCUUACCUUUGGAAGUAAUUUCAAAAGAAAUAUUUGCCAACUGGAUGGAGAUUUGCCGUCAGAUACUGGAUCGCCCUGCUCCGGAUUCCUCCCACAUCGACGAGGACGAACGACCCGAGCUACCUUGGUGGAAGGUAAAGAAGUGGGCAUCCCACAUUGUGCUCCGUAUGUUCGAACGCUACGGAAGCCCUGGAAAUGUAGUCUCGAAAGAGUAUAACGAGUUCGCUGACUGGUUCCUGCAAACGUUCACCAGCGGUCUACUUAACGUACUGCUUAAGGUUCUGGAUCAGUAUCGAAACAAAAUCUACGUCUCACCAAGAGUGAUGACCGAUACGCUCAACUAUAUCAAGCAUGCUGUCUCUCAUUCGCACUCAUGGAAAAUGCUGAAACCUCACUUCAUUGCCAUCAUCCAGGACGUGAUUUUCCCGCUGAUGUCAUACUCCGAAGCAGACGAAGAGCUAUGGGAAGCCGACCCAAUUGAAUAUAUACGCCAAAAGUUUGAUGUUUUCGAUGAUUACACAACACCGGUUCCAGCCGCCGAAACAUUGCUACACAAUUGCUGCAAAACAAGGAAAGGUGUCCUGCCGCAGGUCAUGCAGAUCAUUAUGCAAAUUAUCAAUGCACCGAAUCUAAACGCCAAACAAAAAGACGGUGCUCUUCAUAUGGUCGGAUCGCUGGCCGAUGUUCUGCUAAAGAAAAGGGUUUUCAAAGAACAGGUGGAAAAUCUUAUCAUGCAAUACGUCUUUCCGGAAUUCAACAGUCCGCAUGGACAUUUGCGUGCUAGAGCCUGCUGGGUGUUGCAUUACUUCAGUGAAAUCAAAUUGAAAAAUCAACAGGUCUUGGCAGAAAUUAUGCGACUCACUUCAACUGCUUUGCUUAACGACAAAGAAUUACCUGUUAAGGUGGAAGCCGCAGUUGCCUUACAAAUGUUCCUCGUAUCACAGGAGAAUGCUUCCAAGUACUUGGAGAAUCAAAUCAAGGAAGUAACAAUGGAAAUUCUGAAGAUAAUUCGCGAAACCGAAAAUGAGGAUCUUACCAACGUACUGCAAAAGAUAGUGUGCACCUAUUCCGAACAACUGUUGCCGAUUGCCGUGGACAUAUGUCAACAUUUGGCAACGACCUUCAGCCAAGUGCUUGAGGCAGACGAGAACUCCGACGAGCGGGCAAUCACAGCCAUGGGUCUUUUGAACACGAUGGAAACCCUUCUGAGUGUGAUGGAAGAGCAUCCGCAGGUGAUGCUGUCGUUACAUCCAAUCGUUCUGCAGGUUGUCGGUCAUGUUCUGCAGAAUAAUGUAAACGAGUUCUACGAGGAAGCAUUUUCGCUAGUGUACGAUUUGACCUCUAAAUCGAUAUCGCCCGACAUGUGGAAGUUGCUUGAAAUUAUCUACCAGCUUUUCCAGAAAGAUGGAAUCGAUUACUUCGUGGAUAUGAUGCCAGCCCUCCACAACUACAUAACUGUCGAUACGCCUGCAUUUUUGUCGAAUCAGAACCACGUCCUGGCAAUGUUUAAUAUGUGCAAAACAAUUUUGACCAGUAACCUCACGGAAGAAGCGGAAUGCAGCGCAGCCAAGUUACUGGAAGUGAUCAUUUUGCAAUGCAAAGGCCGCAUUGACGAAUGCAUUCCAAGCUUUGUCGAAUUGGUUCUAACACGACUAACACGCGAGGUUAAAACCUCCGAGCUGCGGACGAUGUGUUUACAGGUUGUCAUUGCUGCGCUCUACUAUAACCCGCAACUGCUGCUGCAAAUCCUCGAAAAGAUUCCUCUACCGGCGAGCAACGAAUCAAUAGCUUCGCACUUCAUUAAACAGUGGAUACACGACUCGGAUUGUUUCCUAGGAAUCCAUGACCGUAAACUGUGUGUGCUUGGCUUAUGCACGCUGAUGACCCUUGGAGAUGGUAAACCGGCAGUUUUGAGUGAGUUGAGUGAUAAAAUCAUUCCUACACUGAUACUGAUAUUCGAUGGACUAAAACGCGCAUACAUGGCUCGCGCUUCCGAAGGGGAAGAAGAAGAGAGCGAAGAAGAAGACGACGAUCUGGAGGAUGGUAUUUCCAGCGACGAAGACGAGGUGGAUGAAAUGGGACCAUCUUAUUUCGAUCGUGUAGCCAAGAUGGCCCAGGAUAAAGCUGCUGAGCAGGGCUUUGAGUUAACAGCUACUAUUAAGGAUGGUAAUUCUGACGAUGAGGACGACGACGAUGAUGAUGACGACUCUGGUGACGAAAUUGAUGAAACGGCACUAGAAGGAUUCACUACUCCGUUGGAUGAUGAAGAUAAUCCAGAAUGUGUGGAUGAGUAUAUUGCUUUCCUUGAAGUGAUGUCCAAUCUACCAAAUACCGAUCCCAACUGGUACAACAUGCUUACUAGGAAUUUGAAACCAGAGGAAGCGAAAUCUUUGCAAGAGGUACUCGUAUUGGCUGAGCAGAAGAAGGCUGCUAAACGUUCCAAGGAGAUUGAGAACAGCGGGGGUUACCAGUUCACUCAACACCAGAUUCCAAGCUCGUUCAACUUCAGUGGACAACAGUAACCGUGAUGUAAGAACGCACCACUUCUGAAGAUAAUACCGAAUCUUUUAAAAGAAAAAAAAACUAAAAAAAAUAUUGUAAAAAGGUCGCUACACAAGUUUAGGGAAAAAAAGCAAAACUGUAAUCGCUAGGUUUACUAGGAAUAUAUUUGUAUUUUUUGUCUCCUGAAGUAUAAAAUGAAGAACCAUCAUUAACAACUGAUACAAGAAGUUUCUGGAAAACAAAAUGCAGGGAUGAGUACCGGAUAGCGGAACUGAAUCGAAUGUUGACGAAAAUAGUAGAACACAGUUAUUUUGCUGCAUUGCUUGCUCACGUAUUCAAAUGUGAGAAAUUGUUUCUGUUAAAUUUUAAAGAAAACAAAAAAAGCAAAUUGCUUCGGAAGCACAUGUUAACAUUUUUGUUCUGUUCUGAGAGUGUUCUGUUUGUGACUAAGAUCGAGAAUUUGGAAUGACUGUAUUUAGCAUGAAGUGCUGCUUACAAUAUCAGGGAUAGGCUUGCAUUAAGCAGUGUAAUCUUGACGUAAACGCAUGCAAAAUAGUGUCAAGUAUUCAACUAAACAACACAUACACACACAUACUCACACGUAUACCUUAUAUAGCAUGAAUCCGGAUUAGCGUCUUUAUUCGACACUAAAUAUAUUUGUUUUUAAAGGAAUCAAAUUGUUUUGAAAAAAAAGAACCAAAAUUGCAUGACUGGAAAACAAGUUUAUUAUGAGGUUAUUUUUUCCUUUCGACAAACAAGUUCAGUCCCAAUUCAACUACUCUUAUUUAUUACACUAUUUUCAAUCAGAUA